AUGAAGAAGGUGAGAGCCGGGUCUGUGCUGGCGGUCGGUCUGGGUCUGGGUCUGGGUCUGGCCUACACCUUCCCUCCAUCUACACGGCGCCCCUCCACCAUCGUCCACCUGUUUGAAUGGCGCUGGAGCGACGUUGCCCAGGAAUGUGAGCGCUACUUGGCGCCCGGCGGAUUUGAUGGAGUUCAGAUUUCCCCUCCGACUGAGAACAUCGUGGUGACGUCUCCUCCGAGGCCGUGGUGGGAGCGAUACCAGCCGGUCAGCUACGACCUGUGUUCCCGCUCAGGGACCGAACAGGAGCUGAGGGACAUGAUCUGCAGAUGCAACAAUGUCGGGGUGAAGAUCUACGCAGACGUUGUCAUCAAUCACAUGUGCUCGGCCGGCGCUGCGGCAGGCAGCCGCUCGACCUGCGGCUCAUACUUCAACGCCGGCGCCGGGGAGUUCCCAUCUGUGCCGUACUCCGCCUGCCACUUCAACGAUGACAAAUGUUUCACCCGCAGCGGAAAUAUCGAGAGCUACCAAGACAUUCAUCAGGUGCGUAAUUGUCGUCUGGUCGGUUUGCGGGACCUCGCCCAUGAUCAGGAGCAUGUGCGGGGCCGGGUUGCCGGCUACAUGAAUAAGCUGUUGGACAUGGGAGUCGCAGGUUUCAGGGUGGAUGCCUCCAAGCACAUGUGGCCGGAGGACCUGAAGGCCAUUUACAGUAGACUGCACAACCUCAACACCACCUGGUUCCCGGAAGGCUCGCGGCCUUUCAUUUACCAAGAGGUUAUCGACCUUGGUGGCGAGCCGAUAAAAGGCAGCGAGUAUUUUGGACUUGGUCUCGUGACGGAGUUUAAAUAUGGUGCUAAACUUGGCUCGGUCAUCCGCAAGCUGGGUGGACAAAAGCUCUCCGACCUCAAGUCUUGGGGAGAAGAUUGUGGACUGAUGCCAUCUGAAAAAGCGCUGGCCUUCAUAGAUAACCAUGACAACCAAAGAGGCCAUGGGGCAGGAGGAGACGCCAUCAUCACAUUUUGGGAACCAAGGAUGUACCAGAUGGCGGUGGCCUUCAUGCUAGCCCAUCCUUACGGACGAGCCAGGGUCAUGUCAAGCUACCGCUGGGACAGACGUCUCGUGAAGGGGAAGGAUGAGAACGACUGGAUGGGCCCUCCGAGUCUCCCCGACGGCUCCACCAAGCCCGUUUCCAUCCGCUCAGAUGGGAGCUGCGGGGACGGCUGGGUGUGUGAACACAGAUGGCCGCCGAUCAGGAACAUGGUCGUGUUUCGCGGCGUCACCGCUGGAGAGCCCCUGUGUAACUGGUGGGACAACGGAGGAAGCCAGAUAGCCUUCGGACGAGGAGGCCGUGGCUUCAUCGUCAUCAACAACGACGACUGUCUCUUGGAUGUGAGCUUGCAGACGGGCCUGCCCGGAGGAACCUACUGCGACAUCAUCUCCGGUCAGAGAGAAGGAGGCGGAUGCUCCGGUAAACGGGUCGUGGUGGAUGAUGACGGGAAAGCCCAUUUCACCAUCCACCCCUCCGACCUGCUCCCCAUCAUGGCCAUCCACACAGACGCCAAACUGCCCAAGUAAACUCCACCCACCACAGUCGACAUCUGCAAUCUAUGACAUG